GCAAGAUGCACGACUUCAGUGCAGCAGAAGAGGAAAUCGACCGGGAGAUCAACAGCUGGGGAUACACGAUGAAUGCCACCGAUUACAUGAGCGGCUUACAAAAUGUCCGCCCAUCGGCAAGCUUUGCUCGAAGCGCCGUACCGGGUCGUGGUCGCGGUUACGUCGAUGUGUCACGGGACAAACUGCAGCAAAUCCGGCUGGCAGCUCAGAUCAAUCGGCUGGAAGCGCAUAAAAAUCCAAUCGGCCACUUGCCGACGACCGAAGAAACGCUCGAUAAAGAUGUAGGACCGGAAAUUACGGCCGGGUUGCGUUCGGUCGGUAUUCUCAGCUCGGCCCGUGAGCUUAACGACAACAAAACGUGCCGAAACGUUAACCAUGAAGAUUUACGCAUCGAUCGAAAUGUACCACUAAUGCUGAGCAGCGAUUUUUUCCAUGCCCGUUCCGAUACCCCGCAUGCCGAUGAGCAGGAACUAGCGCCUCUGCCAACGCUUGACUACGAUCCAUCAAAACCACUGAACGAGCAAUUUACCACGAUCAAAGAGUUUCAACCACAGCCACCAGCCGACAGUGCUGAUGAGCCGGAAGAAGCUUCAUCUAAACCGUCGAAAAAGAAAUCUUCAAAUAAGAAAGGUAAGAAACAAAAGUGGGUAAAGGUACCGGUGGGAGAGUUCCUAGCUCCACCUAGCUGGAGCGAUUCGAAUCAUGGACGUCCACCACUGCCGGUAAACAGCGCUUACGAGAUGCGCAGCGUGUAUGGAUCUGAGGGGAAGCAUAUUGUUAAUUAA